AUGGUUCUUUUCAUGGAUGAGCUGAAUAAUUUGUGUGCCUCUGGUGACAAAUUUUUGAUUUCGGCCUUUUUGGGUUCAAACUUCCUCAAUUGUCUACCUGCUGCCAUGAGCUUCAACUAUAAUAAAGAUCCCGUGUUAAUACCUCUGAUUCUGAUGUGUGACGAUUCUGCUAUCGAUAGGCUGAGCGAUGAAAAAGCGCUAAGUGAAUUCUUUACACCUGAUUUGAUCAUACAGUAUUUGCAAUCACUGUUGAACGAACAGAUGAUGACCAUUAACUUCGGAUUUUCGAACCCGUAUGAUGGAGGUCGACCAAGCUGCUGGCCUCCAGAAAUACCGUUUUGUAAUCCAGCACCGAACAAUGAACAGAGCUUGACAAAUCGUCGAAUUGGCAUCAAUACUCCUGGUCAAGCCGCAAAAGUGGUUUUAAGGAAUAUGGAGUAUUAUUAUUCGGAAGUAGCACGUCUCAUCUUGGGACAGGAGGCAAGCCUGAGAAAAAUUUGCUUGUAA